AGGUUAUGUUACCUACUUACAUAGGUCAGGUCACCUAAAUUUUAAUUUAAUGAAAAGUAUCCUACUUUAGUGUAAUUUCUACAUAAGUAAAUCUGUAGCUAAUAAGAUACACGUUCUUUCGUAAUGCCUUCUUUUUCAAGGUUUCAAAAAAUAGCUAUUAUCAGCUUGGGCGCCGUUGGAGGCGGCCUAGCGUAUUAUCAGUUAAAUAGUAAACAGGAGAGGAAAUACGGCGUGCAUAAUUCUUGGACUACAAAUUAUUCUCCUAGUGUGAAAUGGGAUUCUAACUGGGAUCACCGGGACCCAAAAGCUAUUGUCAAGCCUGCAAAGGCAGGCAAACCAGAAGACGACAACAGAUAUAAUGAGGAACUGGAGAAGGCUAAGAGCAAAGCGGUGCGGCACAUAUUUAUGAUCAGGCAUGGUCAGUACUUUGUUGACGGAGCUACUGAUAAAGAGAGAGUGCUGACAGAAUUAGGCAGGAAACAAGCAGACUUAACUGGGCAACGGUUAGCAUGCCUAGACAUAAAAUGGGACCUUCUAGUCCGUUCUACAAUGACACGGGCUCAAGAGACAGCCACACUCAUUCAGAAACAUCUUCCCGCUGACUUGGAGGUGAUCAAUUGCUCCUUGAUCGAAGAGGGGGCACCGAUACCUCCUGAACCCCCAGUUGGCCAUUGGAGGCCUGAGCCAAAAUUCUUCCAGGACGGUGCCCGGAUAGAGGCGGGCUUCCGCCGCUACUUCCACCGCGCUACGCCCGACCAGGUGCGGGACUCGUACACUCUGCUCGUGUGCCACGCCAACGUCAUACGAUACUUCGUGUGCAAAGCGCUCCAAUUCCCACCGGAAGCGUGGCUCCGGAUAUCACUGAACCACGGCUCCAUCACGUGGGUGUCCAUCAUGCCCAACGGAAAUGUGGUGCUGCGCUCGCUCAGCGACACGGGCUUCAUGGAGCCUAGGCAUGUUACUAGCCGAAAUUCAUUCUUGCGAGACGCGAAGAAGAAUAUCUUAGAAGACUAAGUUAAAAAUCAACCCAAAAUACGUCUGAACAUAGCCUCGAAUGAUGGCCUAAUGCGUUUGGGUCUUGUACGUGCAGGAAAACAAAAGUUGCCUCUUCUGUUCCCGAAAUUUGAGGCUCAUGAAAAUUAAACAAUGAAAAAGCUAACCACUAAUGUUAUUAAUGUUUAAAGUUCAUUGAAGCGCGUUGUUUUUCAUUCAAAAUCAUGAUAAGCGAACAAAUCCCAAGUUGUAAUUUAGCCGAAAUACCUCAAUGCAAAGUGUAGGUUAGCUGUAAGUACCUAUUGUAUGUAUGAAUCGUUGUAGUGUAAAUGUUUUGAUAAAUUAAUAAAAAAUAAUGAAAUA